GGCAAAUGUCGGCCUUUCUAGUUUACCAUGGUGUUUGCUAGUCACUUUUAAGUGACCUUUCCCCUACCUGCAUCCUUCUUUGUGUAAACAAGCCCACACGAUGUCGGUCCCAGUGCGGGUUAGUUUGACGGUGUUACUCUGCUCUGUGGCCGUCGGGAUCUACUGAAACUACGAUGGCUUCAACCCAGAGUCUGUACGCGGUGCGACAGUCGUCAUCACCGGCUGCAGUACCGGCAUCGGCGAAGAGAUGGCGUACCAGUACGCCCGGCUGGGAGCAAAGAUCCUCAUCACAGCCAGGAGGGAGAACAGACUGAAGGAGGUGGUAGCAAAGGCGAAAUCUUUGGGUGCCCAGGAGGCGCACUACGUGGCCGGGGACAUGGGGAAGGCGGAGGACUGUGAGAGAACCAUUCAAGCAGCCAGGGAGAAAUUUGGUCGGUUGGACUACCUGGUGCUGAACCACAUGGGAUCCAAUUUUAAAUCUCUUCAAGACAAAUUUCAUGAGGGCAAGUCUUGGGACCAGGAUCCGAAUAUGGACUUCUUCGUGGACUUCUUAAACAUCAACCUGGUGAGCUAUGUCCGGCUGGCCUCACUGGCCCUGCCCCUGCUGAAGGAGAGUAGCGGCCGUAUCGUGGCGGUGUCUUCUGGAUUCGGUAAGAUACCGUGGCCAAACCUUAGCUAUUACUGUGCUUCAAAGUUUGCCCUUGACGGGUUCUUCAGCUCCCUCCGUGUGGAACUGAUGAAGGCUGGACAGGACGUGUCCGUUACUCUGGCCGUGCUGGGAUACAUCGGGACUCCAAACGUCGUUCACAGCUUACAGAAUACACCAGAGAUGCUGGACAUCGUGGCCCCGGUGAACCAGACAGCCAUGGCCAUCAUCCGCGGAGGGGCGACUCGGGCCCGGGAGGUCUACUAUCCGUUCUCCAUCUGGCCUCUCACAAAAUUCGGGACUCUGAUGCCACAAAUGUUCGACUACCUUACCUCCAAGAUUGAUUUGGUACCCGAAAGUUAACGAUGUAACGUUACUGUUGUAACAAACAAAUAAAAAUCAUCCCGUCUACACCUGGCCUAUAAUAGCCAAAGUCAGCGUUUUGCUGAGUCAACUGGUGGAUUACAUUGUCACUGUUAUAUAAGAAAACGAGAUGGAUCAUCUGAUAAAUCAAUUGGUAAUAUGUGAGCAUGUUGACCUCCUAUGUAUGCAAAUUAAGUCAAUGCAAAUUAGUAUUAUACUAUGAGAACACGUUGAAAAAAAGGAGAAAAUAGGAGAUCAUGGAAGAAAGCGGGAGAACAAGAGAGAAAGCAGGUGAACGCACAUGUGACAAAAUAUCUGUGGGCAUGCCGCUGAUGAAAUUUGAAAUACGGAUGGGAAAAGCCACUCCCAACAAUGGUUGAAGAUUUUCCUAGAUUACAGAUGAUAGGGUAGCUUGUCACGACAUGUGCAUGGACUGAUCUGGAAUAAUAGGAACGUAUAGUUUUUUUUUUAAAUUCCAUCAUGUAAUCACCAGACGUGGUGACGACACACUCAAGUUUUUUCAACUUAUAUUAAUGCCGC